UGCCUCAGCCGGCCGGGAAGCAGCGCUGAGCCCGCCUCCCUUAAAGGGACCCGCUGUGUGGCGAGGGCGCGGCGGCCGCGGUGAGUCUCUGGGUGCUCUCAGCAUCCCACCACCACCCCCGCGCUCGGCGCUCUUCCGGGCGGCCUGGCAUCGACGCCUCGGCGCUCGCGCGGCGGCCUGGCGGCGCAGCCAUGGCCGGGCUGGUGAACUUCGAGGACGAAGAGGAGGUGCGCGGCUACCUGGAGAACCUGCACGUCGAGUACAGCUACCAGUGCUACCGCGAGAACGACCCUGACGGCUGCCAGCGCCUCGCCGACUACUUGGAGGCCGUGAAGAAGGACUUCGCGGCGGCGGCGCGGGUGCUGCGCGGCAACUGCGAGGCGCACGGGCAUAGUGAGAGCUGCUACAAGCUGGGGGCAUACCAGGCCAUCGGGAAAGGUGGACUUGCCCCAGACUUGAAAGCUGCCUACAACUCCUUCGUGAAGUCAUGUGAGAAAGGUGGGAAGAGGUCAAUAAAUGCCUGUCACAACGUUGGGCUGUUGGCCCAUGAUGGGCGAGUAAAUGAUGACAAAUCUGACCCAGUUGUUGCUAGAGACUAUUACACAAAAGCCUGUGAUGGCAAUUUUGCUCCUAGCUGCUUCAAUCUCAGUGUAAUAUACCUCCAAGGAGCACCUGGGGUCCCUAAGGACAUGAACCGUGCUUUGCAGUAUUCUCUGAAAGCGUGUGAGCUGGGUCAUAUGUGGGCUUGUGCCAAUGCCAGUCGAAUGUACAAAAUGGGAGAUGGUGUUGAGAAGAAUGAUAUCAAGGCAGAAGCUUUGAAAAACAGGGCAAAACAGCUGCAUAAAGAACAGAAAGAAGCAUCAAGUUCUUUAACAUUUGGGGAGUAAAACUGUCAGUUGCAGUUCUUAAGACUGCAGUCAAGUCAAGUAGUGAACUUGUUAUUUAAAUCACAUGGGCAUAAAAUUUUUACUCAUAGUAAAUAAACAUUUUGUAAGUUUUUGCAUAUACAAAUAAACCUAUGUUUUGUGGACACAACAAA